UCAGAUCCUCUGUGGGAGGAGUCUGGUAUUUCCUUUUGCUUCUGAGGCUGCGCGACCGCUGUUGAUGUUUGUAGCGGAAAACCUGUCAGCUGCGGUAGCGUAGUCAUGAAGCACUUUGGAUAGCUGUAUAAGUCUCAUGUUGUUAAGUGUUUGUUUCUCAGGACCAAACACGUUUACUUUGUACUGCUGCUGUUCUACAUUUACAGGAUGAAGGCCGAGGAUAGCGUGAUGGAGGAGAUAACUUCGGAGAAGGAGGCUGAGGAGAGUCAUAGACAAGAUAGUGUAAAUUUACUGAUUUUUAUACUGCUCCUUACUCUGACUAUUCUGACAAUCUGGCUGUUCAAACACCGGAGGUUUCGUUUCCUACAUGAGACGGGGCUGGCUAUGCUUUACGGGCUUAUUGUGGGUGUGAUACUGAGAUAUGGUAUUCCAGUCACCACCAGUGUCCAGCAGAAGACGCCGCUAAAUUGCUCACUGCAGAGCAAACCCAUUACAUCUCUUUUGGUCAAUGUCAAUGGAAAACUCUUUGAGUAUACAUUAAAAGAGGAAAUAAGCCCCAAGAGGAUACAAAAUGUGGAACAAAAUGAUAUGCUAAGAAAGGUAACUUUUGAUGCAGAUGUUUUCUUCAAUAUUUUGUUACCGCCUAUUAUUUUCCAUGCUGGAUACUGCCUAAAGAAGAGACAUUUCUUCAGAAAUCUUGGAUCUGUCCUGACAUAUGCCUUCUUAGGAACAGCAGUCUCUUGUUUUGUUAUUGGAAAUCUCAUGUAUGGUGUUGUUAGACUUAUGAAAAUGAUUGGACAACUGGCAGAUAACUUUUAUUACACAGAUUGUCUGUUCUUUGGAGCCAUCAUAUCUGCGACAGAUCCAGUUACUGUGCUGGCAAUAUUCAAUGAACUUGGAGUAGAUGUCGAUAUAUAUGCUUUGCUGUUUGGAGAAAGUGUCAUAAAUGAUGCUGUUGCUAUUGUCCUGUCUUCGUCUAUCGUGGCAUACCAGCCAUCAGCUGAGAACAGUCAAACAUUUGAUGCAGCAGCGUUCUUUAAAUCUGUUGGAAUGUUUCUUGGAAUAUUUAGUGGGUCAUUUGCUAUGGGGGCUGCCACAGGUGUGGUCACAGCUUUGGUAACUAAAUUUACAAAACUGCAUUGCUUCCCCCUUCUUGAGACUGCACUCUUCUUUCUGAUGUCAUGGAGUACAUUUCUUCUGGCAGAAGCUUGUGAAUUCACAGGUGUGGUCGCUGUUCUGUUUUGUGGGAUAACACAAGCUCACUAUACAUACAAUAAUUUAUCUGCAGAGUCGAGGAAGAGAACUAAGCAGUUAUUCGAAGUACUUCAUUUCCUGGCUGAAAACUUUAUAUUUUCCUACAUGGGCUUAGCACUGUUUACAUUUGAGAGCCAUAUAUUUAAUCCAGUCUUCAUCAUUGGAGCUUUUAUUGCAAUUAUUUUAGGCAGAGCUGCUAACAUCUACCCUCUGUCUUUUUUUUUGAAUCUCGGACGAAAACAAAAAAUUGGUUGGAAUUUCCAGCACAUGUUGAUGUUUGCAGGAUUGAGGGGUGCAGUGGCAUUUGCCCUUGCCAUACGAGAUACGGCCACUUAUGCUCAUCAGAUGAUGUUCUCCACAACUCUGCUCAUUGUCUUUCUUACUGUCUGCAUCUUUGGAGUGGCAACAACUCCAAUGUUGUCAUGGCUACAUAUCAGAGUUGGUGAUGCUGCUCCCUCCACGGAGGAACUGACCAGCAGUCGAUGGCAGUAUUUCAGGGUUGGGGUUGAUCCAGACUUAGAUCCAGCAUCUAGCAGUGAAAAUUUUCAAGUCUUACAAACAGACGUGUCCAGUUCUGAAGGCAGAAGCAGGACAAAGCAAGAAAGUGCUUGGCUAUUCAGGUUGUGGUACAGCUUUGAUCACAACUAUUUAAAGCCAAUUCUCACGCACAGCGGCCCACCACUUACAUCAACCCUGCCAUCCUGUUGCAGACCUAUCGCAAGAUGUUUAACAAGCCCUCAGGCAUAUGAUAAUCAAGAGCAGUUGCAAGAAGAUGACUCCGACCUUAUUCUUAAUGACAACGACCUUACCCUGACCUAUGGAGAUACAGAAAUAACUGCUAAUGGCGCCUCUGGUUCACAUACCUCUACAGCUGGCUUUACUGGCAAAAGAACACACAGUGGCUCUGAAGGGCAACUUGAUGGAGAUUUGGAUGCACCAGAUCAUGAGUACAUCAGCAGAGGCACCAGACUAGUGUUUCCUUUGGAGGAUCAUGUAGGAAUGCAAUAAGGAUGGAUUAUUCUGAGAUUAUCUUGGAUAAGAGUAUUUUUAGACCUUCAUAAUCCCUGAAGUGACCAAGAUAUGGGAUUACCUUUAGGUAAUAAAUUAGCUUCUUGCUUCACUUCUGGACUAAUCAAGAAGUGUUUGCUCACACGGAAACCCCCUUUUGUGAAAACAUACUAGUAUUUAAUCGCAUAAAACAGCAACUUUUGAGGUCCAGGCAGCAGACUUUACCUGUUCAGUAUUUUCAUGUGGCAUUCGCACACCUUUUCUGCUUAACUGCAUUUAUUUGUAAAGGAAAUGCAGUGUUUUCUUAGCAUUUGCAGGACUGGUUAUAAUAUGAUUAAAAUGUGCUAUUUGCUUUCAUAGCUUCAAAUACUUUACCACAUGCAGUUAACACCCAUCUGUGAAAGAUGGCAAAAGAUGAUGCUUUACUUACAGGGCAUCUAGCAAACUCUCUACGUCACAGCUAAGUGUGUAUAGAGAUAUUCAGCAGAAUUCCACUAUGUCAACAUUAAGGGUAUGCAGCUUCAGAGAAUAUUGGAUACAGAUUUUAUUUCUCUUUCAAAUGGUGACAAAGCAAUUUUAUAAAAUGUAUCUUCAAACAUGAGUAGCGAGCUCAAGAUCAUCAUGUUUCUUUUAUGUUUUUAAGUUUCAAGUGCAUUGUGUUUGCAACUCAAUGAAGAGUGACCCUUGUUAUAAAGCCAGUGCAUAUAUUUUUUUUUCAUGAAGCCAGACGGCAAGCUGCCCCUUUGCUCUAAGAAGAGAGUGCUAAUCCAGGUUGUCACUGCAGAUCUACAUAACUGCUUUGCAUCUGUGUACAUUGCAUCUAAUCUUAGGACAAAACAGAUGGUGUGGUAUUUUAAUUCAGCAAAGCUCUAAAGUGACAGAUCCAGAAGAGAGAGAGAAUUUCCACUGAUAAUGUCAGACAUAUUUGAUUGCCAAAUCUCAGAGCUGGCUUACUUUGCUGUUAAUUCGUAGCACACCUGUUCUCAUAUCACUUGUUUAUAUUAGGGAGAGCAACACACUGUUGUCAGUGUAACGAACAUUUUGCUUUCACACGUUUCCUCAGUUUAGUUGCACUGUAUGCAGUCCAUAUGGACAUUUGGCAACAAGGGAGUAAAGACACAAGUUUGAUUAUUAAAAACAA